UUUUUUCUGAUUAGGUUAUGUUUACAGAGAAGUGACGUGUGCUUUCGUUUCGUUAAAAUAAACAUAAAUUCCUUUUAUUUGAACGUUUAUGGUGACUCAAGAAUGAAUACUUCCGCAUGUUAAGACACAAAUCAUAAGUUUGCAACCGUGAAUUGUAAAAAAAACGAUAACGAUGCGUUUAAAUAUUGAUUUGAAUGAGUGUCUUCGUGAUUCGCCCAAAUUUAGAAGCAUAUUGGAACAGGAAGAGGCUAAUGUGGAUCAAUUAGAACAAAAAUUAGAUAAGAUAAUUAAGUUAUGUGGGAAUGUUGUUGAUUCUGGUAAAGCUUAUGUUGCACAACAAAGUUUAUUCGCUAACGGGUUAUGGGAUCUUAGUGCUCACUUUAAAGAAGACACCUUGGUGUUGUCUUCGCUUAGCAAAUUAAUACAUAAUUUGCAGGAAAUGAACAAAUUCCAUACAAUCUUAUUGGAUCAAGCUUCACGAACAAUUUUGCGCAACUUAACAUCAUUUUGUAAAAGCGAUAUCAAACAUGUACGCGAUUGUAAACAACACUUUGAAAAGAUAUCUCAAGAUUUAGAUACGGUGUUGGUUCGUAACUCUCAAACAGCGCGAAAUAAAUCGCCAGAAAUUGAAGAGAUUGGUAAUCUUUUGGUUGCAACGCGGUCAUGUUUUGGUCAUCAGGCUAUGGAUUACGUGUACAGUAUAGAAAUUUUACAAAAUCGUAAACGACAUGAAGUAUUAAGUACUCUAUUGAGUUAUAUGCAUGCUUGUACUACUUAUUAUCAUCAAGGAUCGGAUUUGUGUGAAGAUUUAGAACCUUUCUUAAAGAAAUUAGCAGAAGAGGUAGCAACAAUGCAAGAAGAAACAAUAACGAUCGAAAAGAAAUUAGAAAAUAGGCAUAGUUUCGUUACAAAUAAAGAAAUAAUUCCGAAUUUAGCUAAAAGUAAAGGAGGUCCGAUUUUAGAAGGAUACCUCUUUAAGAGAACUUCAAACGCAUUUAAAACGUGGAAUAGACGUUGGUUUUGCCUUAGAGAUAACCAAUUAGUUUAUAGAAAACGAUCAGGGGAUGAUAAUUACACAGUAAUGGAAGAAGAUCUUCGUUUAUGCACCGUAAAACCAGUAGUAGAUACAGAAAGAAGAUUCUGUUUCGAAGUCGUAUCCCCGUUAAAAUGUCACAUGUUACAAGCAGAUUCAGAGGAGAUGUUAACCGCUUGGAUCUUAGCUGUACAAAGAGCUGUUGGGGUUGCAUUUCAAAAUCAUCCAAUAUCAUCCGAUACCGACACUAAUAAACCCCUCGAAACGGCUUUUAAUAAAAUCGCCAACGAAAAGAAACGAAAAAAAGGUAGAAUUUGGGAACAAUUGCUUCGAAUACCCGGAAAUGAUAAAUGUUGCGAUUGCGGCGAAUCCAAUCCGAGUUGGGCAAGUAUUAAUUUAGGAGUUACGUUGUGUAUAGAAUGUUCGGGUGUUCAUCGAAGUCUUGGGGUGCAUUAUAGCAAAGUUAGAUCGUUAACUUUAGAUGAUUGGGAACCGGAAUGUAUUAAAGUUAUGGCCGAAUUGGGAAAUACUGUCGUUAAUAAAGUUUACGAGGCGAAUGUUCCCGAAAAUUACAUCAGGGCAACACCAAUGUGUACAAAUUCAAUACGAGAAAAUUGGAUUAAAUCUAAAUAUGUUGAACGCAAAUUUGUGUACAAACUCCCAGAUAUCACGGAGAGGGCUUCGAGAAAUUUAAUGAAUAUAAGAAAAUGGAGUGUGCGGAGAUUGCGAAGAAGACCAAGAAGUUGCGAUAACUCAAGAAAAAAUGUUGUGUCAAAACAACAACGCGAUAGUGUGUUAAUGUUUGGGAACGAUCUAGAUAAACCUAUUAAUGAAACGUUUGAUAUUAGUAGUGAUCAAGACUCUACAGGUGGUGAAGAUAAUGAUACACCAGAUGAAGAAGAUAUAAGCAAAUUACAUCCAGAUCGACUUUUAUAUAAAGCCGCUUUAGCUCAUAAUUUACCAGUUAUGUGCGAGGCUUUAGCUUUGGGGGCGAAUCAACAAUGGAAAAAUGAGGAUGAUCAUAAUAGAAGUGCUAUUCAUGAAGCAGUACUCAGUGGUUCAGUAAUGUCUUGUGCAUAUUUGUUAUUGAAUGGUGCAAAAAUUGAUUUACAAGAUGAUCGAGGUCAAACUCCUUUACAUUUAGCAACUCAAGGUGGUCAUACCGCUCAAGUUUGUCUCUUAUUGAAACACAGAGCGGAUCAGCAUUUAAAUGAUAACGAGGGACUUUUGCCAUUAAUGAUAGCCGAACAAAAAAAGGACGCCGAUAUCGUGACUUUAUUAAGAUUAGGUCGACUUAAUGAAGAAAUGAAAGGAUCUGAUAUGGGUGUUUGUGGUGAUGAUACUUUUAACGACGUUGUUAGAGAUUUCUCCCAAAUGGCUUGUAGUCACCCAGAGCGGUUACAACGAACUAAAAAUUCUGAAUAGAGAAAUAAGUGAAAUAUU